AUGAGCGACAACUGGAUGUCAGCGUCGAGAAGGCUACCGCAAUACUGGGCGAGCUUGGUUCAACCAUCAAGCCAUUCACUGUGGAAGACGUGCGCAAAAUCCGCAAAAGAGAUCAAGAGCUGGAAAGGGGACCACCGAAGUUUCAACGACGCCCGGAUUCAUAGGAAGAUGCCAUAUAUCCCCACGCAAGUGGGCAUCGCCGCCCUUCGGUACCUCGACCCGAAGACCCCCUCCCUCUCACGCCACAUCGUCCGUCUAUUUAAAAGGGUCAAACUCCGCUGGUAUGUGUUGGGUGGCCGCCAGAGGACGUGGUGGGCCGAUACACGACUCGACGACGACCAAUGGAGGAAUAACAACCUCAUGGAAGGCCCAAGGUUGCCCGACCUAAAGUUCAACGUCGCGGAGAUGCUUCGGUUAACGAAGAUUGUGCUCGACAACGACCUUUGCCCACUAUUGAUCACACAUUACACGAUCGAAACAUCAGAGUCGAAGUCGGAGUCCACCACAACCUCCUCGCCCGACGACGACGACCGUCCUAACGACCACGGUCGCAGAGGCCGCCACUCAUUGAACGACGCGAACGAGGCCGUGCUUCGUGCAACCAACGAUAGGGACGAGGCAAUUCUUACCGCCAUUGGUGCUGCAACGAACGCCAUGGAACAGAUUGAACAGACGUUCAAGACCACGAAGGAUGCUAUGCUUGGUGCGGCCGAUCGACUGCAGCAACGACGCUGAGCUUGAGUUCAAUCAGACCAUCGUGAUAAGAUGGCGGUUGGUCUACCGGUGGACGUUGAGGCCGGGGGUCGUGUUGGUGGUGGAUCUGCGGGAGUUGAUGGCGAGGGAGGAUCUGCCUGAUCAUUGAACCCCCGGCCGACUCAUUGCUUUCAGUUUCGCUCCCAUUACUUUCUUGAUUUCACGAUAUAUUGGUUGACGCACUGGGUUGACGGUGGACUGGUUGGGUGCAGCAUUUCUCCCGUAUUGCAUUCUUCG